AUGAGUGAAGAAGAAAUUGAACUUUCAUGCAAGUCAUUAGCACGAAUUAUCUCACGAUCAAAACGUCUUGUUGUAUUAACAGGAGCAGGAAUAUCAGUUUCAGCAGGAAUCCCGGAUUUUAGGUCAAGAAAUGGAAUGUGGAAGAGAUAUGAACCUAAAGUUUAUGCAAGUUAUGAGAAUUUUGUUAAUAAACCUGAAAUGUUUUGGAAAAUGUGUAAUGAACUAAGAAACUGUACGGAAGGAAAGAAACCAACAAAAGCACAUUUUGCAUUAAGAAAAUUAGAAGAAAUAGGUAAAUUGGAAGAAAUAAUUACACAAAAUGUCGAUAAUUUACAUCAACUAGCAGGAAGUAGAAAAGUAAUUGAACUUCAUGGAACAGGAAAGAUAUGUCAAUGCAUUAAAUGUGGGUAUCAAGGGAAUGCAGAUGUAGUACUUCCAAAAGGACUUAUUCCAUGGAUUGAUAUUCCAAGAUGUCCAAAAUGUGGAGGAUUGAUUAAAUUAGAUGUAGUAUUAUUUGGAGAACAAUUAGAAAAAGAAAAGUUUGAAAAAGCAUUUGAAGUUGCAAGUUCAUCAGAUGUAUUUUUAGUGAUUGGAAGUUCAUUAGAAGUAAUGCCAGCAAAUGCAUUACCAAGAAAAGCAAAAAUGAAUUCAGCAACAGUGGCAUAUAUUAAUAAAACAACCACACGAUUUGAUAAUUAUGCAGAUUAUGUGAUUAGAGGAGAAUCAGACUAUUUAAUACCAAAGAUAGUAGAAUAUGUUAUUGAAUUUAUGGAAUUAGGAUGUGGAGAAAAAGUCAUAGAUACACUUAGUUUUCCAAUUCAAUUUAUUCAAAAUCCAAUGGAAACAAUAACACAAGUAGUUGCAACAAUAGUUGCAUGGAUAGGACCUAAAGUUGAAGAAGAAGAAGUUCAAAAUUGUCUUGUUGAUAGCUCAGAAAUAGUUGAAGUAGUAACAACAAAAAAACAACACACAAAAACAACCGAAGAAAAAGAAGAAGAAAAUAAUGCAGCUGAUAAAAUUAUGAAUGAAAUUAAGAAUUCAAUUAAGAAAAGAGAAAAUGACAAUAAUUAA